GCAUCGGAAGAAGCACCAGUAACCUAGCCUUCAAAUCAAGACCGUUUGAUCUAUUAUUUGUCAAUAUCAUCCAACGGCUACAAGAAAGCGCUCACCAGCAUAAACUAAGACCAUCCUCACAAACCCGUUAAGAAAAUCAAUGGCUUCCUUCAUCUUCAAGUUAUACAACCUGAACGCUUGACGAACACAAAGGAAAGCCACUCGAUCAUCUUCUUUUUCUCUUCAAUCUCUUGAAGAUGAGUUACCAAAAAGCCCCUCAUCAACCCUACCCUCCUUCAGGGUACCCACCAACAACACCACCGUACGGAGGGUACCCACCGCCUGGAGCACCAACACCAGGGUACUCUGGAUACCCACCACCGGGACCACCUCGUGGGUACCAAGGGUAUUUCGCCGAAGGGUAUCCACCACCACCACCGCCUCCAGGUCCGCAACAGUACCAAGAGUGUUAUCACUAUGAACAUCAUCAUUACCAGGAUGAUGGUUGCUCCUCGUUUUUACGUGGUUGUUUGGCCGCGCUAUGUUGCUGUUGUGUGUUGGAGGAAUGCUGCUUCUAAAUUUGUACUGCUUCAUUUAGCUUCAAAUGAUGUAUAUGGUUUCGCAUUCUUCUUGUCUAGAAUUGUAUGGAUUUCUAUGUACAUGUAAUUUAAUAGUGUCAUUUCCUCCAACUUGAAAACAGUUUAGAUAUGCCUCAAUGCUAUUGUCUCGCGCACCUUCUUGACUUUAA